AUGGAAUUAUAUGCAGUGAACUAGCAACACUUACACUUUCGACUCAACAAGAUGAAGUAAUUUCUUUUAAUUUGACUUUGUUUUUAAAUAAUCAAUGAGCUAUGAUUGUGUAGUGUAAAUGUUAUUGUGCGUUAAUUUGUUCACGCGAUUAUAAGACUGAUUUCGAUCUGAACACAAUCAUAUCGCACAAUGCACACACAACGAACGACGUUACGACUGUGCCUAUGGGCUUGCCUGGUCGCGAUAUGUUGGGCGGAUGAACCCGCCCCGCUGGCCCAACUAGCGCAGAACCCCUGCUCCAGCAAAACUACCUGCAGCGACUGCAUACGGGCGGCUAGCUGUGCCUGGUGCUUCGCCGCCGGGUUCAACGGCCCGAGGUGUUUCAACCCUGCCUUAGAAGGAGGCACAGCGGGCUGUAAUGAAGCCUACAUCUUCAACCCCGACAACGAGCUGUCCAUAGAUCAAGCUUAUAACAAGGAACUUAGUAGAACGCGGUCUCGCUCGAGCUCCAGUUCAGGAUCGUACGGAGAGUCCGGUUCCUUUGGAGCCGGCGCCAGCGCCGGCGGCGCCAUGUCUACAGCGGGCUCUGGCGAGAACCUUGUUCAGAUCAAACCCCAGAGAGUCAAUUUGCAAUUACGACAGAACCAAAUGCAGCAGUUGUCCUUCGCCUACUCCCGUGCCCAAGACUACCCACUAGACCUGUACUACCUUAUGGACCUCAGUCGCUCUAUGAAGAACGACCAGGAAAAACUGGCGGCCCUCGGCAAUUUGCUCUCCGCCACUAUGAAGAACAUUACCUCCAACUUCAGGAUUGGCUUCGGCUCGUUUGUCGACAAAGUUGUCAUGCCUUAUGUUUCUACUGUCGAGAAAAACUUGAGGGCACCUUGUGAAGGCUGUGCGGCACCUUACGGCUUUAAGAAUCAAAUGUCACUUAGCACUGACACCGCUUAUUUCGAUCAAGCUGUAUCUAAAGCCGACGUGUCCGGCAACCUGGACGCGCCGGAGGGCGGGUUCGACGCCAUCAUGCAAGCCAUGGUGUGCAAGGAGCAGAUCGGUUGGCGGCAGAAGGCCAACAGGCUUCUUGUGUUCUCCACUGACGCCGGGUUCCACUACGCCGGAGAUGGCAAGCUUGGCGGCAUUGUUCAACCCAACGACGGUGAAUGUCACAUGGAAAACAACCUGUACACGUACUCUACCGUACAAGAUUACCCCAGCAUUUCACAGAUCAAUCAAAAGGCAAAGGACCACUCGAUCAACGUGAUAUUCGCGGUGACAUCAGAGCAAAUCGGCGUGUACGAGGAGCUCAGCAAGCACAUCCAGGGCUCCAGCAGCGGCGUGCUGACCGAGAACUCCGACAACGUCGUCGAAUUGGUGCGCGAGCAGUACAACAAAAUCACUUCGGCUGUCGAAAUUACGGACACAUCGAGUGACGCCAUCCAAAUCGUGUAUUACUCAUCCUGCCUUGACAAAACCAACGUAAUUCAGACGAAUAAGUGUGACGGAUUAAGGGUGGGUGAUGUCGUGGAGUUCACGGCUGAGAUCACUUUGAAGGAGUGUCCGAAAGACCCGAGCAAGUGGAAGCAGACGUUCGUCAUCUACCCCGGAGUCAUCUCCGAGGGCCUCACUGUGGAGCUGGAGAUGCAGUGCGACUGCCCGUGCGAACAUCGCGGACAUCACGCGUACGACGACAGCGCCGACGUGUGCAGCGGGCACGGCAUCUCGGCGUGCGGCGUGUGCCUGUGCCAGCCCGGCCGCUUCGGCAAGCACUGCGAGUGCUCGGCGCAGGGCGGCGGCUCCACCGACCAGGACCGCAACUGCCGCCCCACCAACGCCAGCUCCGGCGCCGUCUGCUCCGGCCGCGGCAACUGCAUCUGCGGCGUCUGCGAGUGCAACAAGAUGUCCGACCCCACCGAGGUGAUAUCCGGGCCGUUCUGCGAGUGCGAGAACUUCUCUUGCGACCGCAACAAGGGUCUGCUCUGCUCCGGGCCGGAGCACGGGGAGUGCGUGUGCGGCAAGUGCCAGUGCAAGCCCGAGUACACCGGCGCCGCCUGCGACUGCCUGCUCGACACCAAGCCGUGCAUCCCUCCAGGUGACGGUGAAAUAUGCAGUGGCAAUGGGCAGUGUGUGUGCGGUCAGUGUGUGUGCAACGUCAACAGCGCACAGCACUACUCGGGCAGAUACUGCGAUAAAUGCCCAACAUGCACCGGGCGCUGCGAGAAGUUCAAGGAGUGCGUGCUGUGCAAGGUGCACCACCGCGGCGCGGAGUGGAGCGACAAGCAGGUGUGCUUCGAGUCCUGCAAGGACGCCGACGGCGUCACGCCCAUCCCCGAGAAGGGGAAACUGGAAGCGAACGAGUCCAGAAAUGAGCACUUGUGCAGCUUCCAAGACGAAGAAGACGACUGCCUGUACGUGUUCGUGUACUCGUACGACGAGAAACAGGACCUGUACAUCAGGGCGCAGGAGGAACGGGAGUGCCCCAAGAAGGUAUUCAUCCUGGGCAUCGUGCUGGGCGUGAUCGCGGCCAUCGUGCUGGUGGGGCUGGCGCUGCUGAUGCUGUGGAAGAUGGUCACCACCAUCCACGACCGCCGCGAGUUCGCGCGCUUCGAGAAGGAGCGCAUGAUGGCCAAGUGGGACACGGGCGAAAACCCCAUCUACAAGCAGGCGACGUCCACCUUCAAGAACCCCACAUACGCCGGCAAAUAAGGAUCUGACAACGCGUAAUAAGUGUAUCAAAGGUUUCAAUGUCACGAAAGUAGUCGUCUCAACAAGCGCCCGCGGUCGCGCAUGUACCCUCUACGACGCAGAUAACCGAGGAUCUACCGUAACCAAUUAAAAUCGAAAUAUCGUUAUUUGUCACUCUAUCGCUCUAGUUCUAUAUAUUUGAGUGAUAGAGAGGUAAAUAACGAUUUUUUUUUGUAGGCCCUCUUACUAUUCGUAAACCUUAUUACAGCGUGAUAAGGUUUUUAAUGGUCACUCCAGUGUGUCUUCGUUUGUACUGGUCAGUAGUUAGUAUUUACUAUUGUAGAACCUUUUAUGACUUGAAAUUAUGUAGUCAGUAGACUUUCGAUUGAAAAGUUAGUAUGAUGCCUUAAAUUGUGCCUUUGUCGGUAAUUUAUAGAAAAAUCAUUUAUAAUUGACUACUUUCGAAUUAUGAUCGCCGUAAUGUGCUAAUUAUUUCAUUAAAUCUCAAAUAGAUCAUUAAAUAUAAUAAGUAAUGAAUUAUUUUAUACGUUUAUGAAUCUUGUACAUUUUUUAUUGCAAUAAUAUGAAUUUUCAAAGGGUCUGUUUUUAUCAAUAUUUCUCUACAUUGUUUGUAGUACGCUUUUUGUACUUAUUGUGCGAGUGUUUGUGUAUUGUACUUACGUAUUGUGUGAUAAAUAGGGGAAACGAAUCGAGCGUCUGAUCGAAACACUAUAGCCUCCUAAGGCCCAAGGUUUCAGUUCGAUGAAAUUUAAAUCCUAUUCAAUUGGAACAGAGUCGCUUUUACAUAGUUUCUUUCAAUCAAACAACGCAAAAUCAACUCCGUUUCCUACACAAUAGGUUCAAAUUUUAGUGGCGUAUUUUGUAUAUUUCUUUUGUAUGGUUGGGCCUUAGGAUUGUAGUUAUUCGAAAUGAUAGGUUUUCUCCUUGUCGCGACGACUGAAUAGUGCGACGCGUCCUUGGAAACGAUGUAAUAUUGGAGUUAUUUUGAAUAAUGCGAUAUUCAUUGAAAUACCGGUGUUUGAUUCCCGAUUCCGUAAAGAAGCUACUUGUAAUGUUGUGUACUUUUUAUAUGAAUUUGUUAAUUAUCAUAAACGUACCCUAAAGUCAGUCCUCGAUUGUUUGCAGUCGAUGAUAAUGUAAAUUAUAACAGAGGUUUGUAGUUUCUCAGAUGUAAGUUUAACGUAUUACAAAACUGUAAUGAUGACAAGAAGAUGUUUUGUGUGUAACGUUUUGUGUCACGAAUAACUUCCAUAAAAUCUGUGCAUAUUGAAGAUAUGUUCACUGCCAAGAUAAUAUUGUCAUCAUGUGCCUUUUAACGUGAGAAGUAACAAAUUGUGCCAUUACUAAUGCUAAAAAUAGAAUAUUAACAGUUUUAUACACGGGGGUAAAUGAUGAGAAGCGAAUUCAUUACAAUUGCAGAAAAUCAAGAGCAUAGGUAUUUGUACGAAGCAAUACGGUUUCGAUACAAUCUAUUGAGAUUCGUUACUGGAACAUUCAAAGGCCGGUCUGUUGUUGAUAUUUAUUUUUUAACUAAACAGCUGACAAAUUCAUUGCCAAUGAUGUGAUGUUUUACUUACGUUUUUUGCAAUUGUAAUAAAAAAUGUGGUUGUUUACUUCUUUGAAUGAAACGGUACAGAAUAUAUAUUAUUUAUUGAAAUUAAUUAUAGUUAUAAGUGUAAUUUACAUUUUAUUUUCGAAAUUAAGUUAAAAUAAGUUUUAUUGAGCGUGCCUUUAUAUAUAUUUUUAUUAUGCAUUUAGAACACAGUCAUAGUCAUAUUGACCGGCAGUCAAAGUUAAAACCAAUUAAUUCAUAAAAUAGUAACAAGUAACCUCGAUCUGUUUAGAGGGAACAGUAUGUUUAAAUACAAUUUUGUCUAUAUUAAACUAUAGCUAAUAAAUAUUAACGCUAA